UUUUUCCAAAUUCCUUUCUAAACGAACCAAAAAUCAGCCUUUAUUAUCCUAUCCUAAAAACUCACCGCAUGGCAGCAGCAGUAAGAUCAGCGGCAGCCUCAUCAUCAUGCAUCACCACCACUCCACUCCCUCACUCACCCACAAACCUCCACCUCCGCCGCCGCUCGCUCUCAUCUCCUCAAAAACUUCCGUUCCCCCACAAAUCUUUCCAAACCCACCACCUCACUCCCUUCCACAAAACCCCAACAUCCCCUAUCUGCCACGUCAAGUUCGAUGGCUCAUCUGGCGGGGACCCUGAAGAUAUUAGUGAAAUGUUCUUUGAUGAUAUUGAUUCGGUUGAGGAUUAUGAGAGUGAUGACGAAGAUGAUGAUGAGAGUGAGAGUAGUAUUGAUUUGUUCUUCAAAUUUUUGCAAAGUAUGCUCAAGAAAAUCUCUAAGCGGGCCAAGAAGGCUUCUCGCUCUGUUUUGCCUACUGUAAUAUCUCCCCAGUUGGUGUCUUUUGCUGUUGAUGGGAUUCUGCUAUUGGCCGCGCUGUCUAUUGUUAAAGCACUUCUUGAGGUGGUUUGCAGCCUCGGAAGCACUGUAUUUGCGGUUAUCCUGCUUCUACGUGUGGUCUGGGCAGCCAUUUCCUACUUCCAAUCAAAUGGGAACACUUUUAACCAGAGAGGAAGUUCCUUUGGUGGCACGCAACCGGUGGCAUAGCAUCUCCAGACUCUAGUUAUUUUGGACUUCUUCACAAAAUGCCAGUGGGUCAUUUAAGUAUGCAAAUAAUAAUAGAAUUAGCUGCUAAAAGUUCUGCAGUGGUGAAUAGAAAGUACAUAAUUUGAUCCAUGCUGAGUAUAAAACUUAAGAGCCGUUGUAUAUGAUUAAUCAGGGUGUUGUUGCUUGAUCGCUCGAUCAGCUGUGAAGUACUAUAGAAAUUAAUGGUUAAUUUAUUGAUCAA